AUGACGAUCAUCAGAUGCCUUUCUUAACACCAAUCGUCUUCUUUGCAGAAGCCAAAGAAUCCGGUCCAACAGCCUCAGACUCACCAUGGCCCUGGUUGUUUACUGGUACGAUUUCAUCUGUUUCGGCAUUGUGGCGGCUGCUUUCGUUGGGUCCUUAUGGGUACUAUGGAGGAAAGAAGCUGCAUCUAGAAGCGACGAGGAAAGCGUAUACGAGAGUCUGUUAGCAGCUCAACCGGAUGCUGAUGGGUUCAUACGUGCUACACCGAGGGCUCAUGUUGGCUCAAACCAGUUGUGGACUAGUUGUUGGAUAAGGGUGCACCCUGUAUGGCUAGUGGUCACUCGUUUUGUCUCGUUCGCGAUUAUGGCCGGAUUCUUGUCAUGGGAUAUUGUCGAAUGGGACACUUCCAUCUUUGUUUACUACACCGAGUGGACAUUUACACUGGUUAUGGUCUAUUUUGCGCUGGGGACUGCCAUAUCUGUUUACGGAUGUUGGAUUUGCUUAAGUACACCUCUUUCUGAAAAUGGUGCAAGGGAUCAAUUUCUCAAAAGGGAAGUGGAAGAAGGUAGAAUUGCAAAUGCCGUAACCUAUCAUGAAAAAAUGUUUGGGGUAAAAUCAAGUUGCAGAGUCACUAUGCUCAAGAGGAGUUCCAGAAAAGAGCAGGAUUUUGGGGUUAUCUUAUGCAAACUGUAUAUCAGGUAUUCCUUUAAGAACUUGAUGAGACCUUUAACCUGCGGAGGAGCUGUUAUCCUGACAGACUUCAUAUUCUGGGCAGUUAUCGUCCCGUUUUUAUCGAAUUCGCACCUUGGCCUGAACAUGUUAAUGGGUUGCAUGCACACUGUGAAUGCCGUGCUUCUUAUACUGGAUACCCUUCUCAAUAGCCUGCCAUUCCCCUGGUUCAGGAUUGCAUACUUUGUUCAGUGGAGCUGUCUGUAUGUUAUUUUUCAGUGGGUUCUUCAUGCCUGCGGAUUUACAUGGUGGCCAUAUCCUUUCUUGGAGCUUACUACCCCAUGGGCUCCUUUAUGGUACUUCGCCAUUGCUGUGAUUCACGUCCCCUGCUACGGAAUCUAUGCAUUGAUUGCGAAAGCAAAGAAUUCAAUACUCCCAAGAUUGUUCCCUCGUGAUUUCGUGAGAUCAUACUAAGUUCACAUCCCAAUAUGACGAUUGGGGCAUUCCUCACAUCCAUUCCCUCCACAGAUUAUUGUUCUUGAGUC